AUGGCAAAUGGGUUCGCGCCACGGGCGUGUUCAAGGGGACGAGACACGAUACCAAACUUGCGGAUCGGCAAGGGCACCAAAGUGAUCUUCCAGGGGUUCACGGGCAAAGCCGCUACUGCGAAUGCCAAAGACACCAUUGCCUACGGCACCAACAUUGCUGGCGGGGUGUCACCUGGCAAGGGCGGCCAGACGCAUCUUGACAGACCUGUCUUUGAUUCUGUGCGUGAGGCCGUCUUGGCCGUCAAACCUGACGUGAGUGCGGUCUUUGUGCCGGCCGCUUUCGCCGCAGCCGCCAUUAUCGAGUCCAUCGAGGCAGAGAUGCCGCUCGUGGUCUCAGUAGCAGAACACAUUCCCGUCCACGACAUGCUGCGCGUGCAAGAGGUGCUGAGAACACAGACCAAGACGAGGUUGGUCGGGCCCAAUUGCCCCGGGAUCAUCGCACCGGAGCAAUGCCGAGUCGGGAUCAUGCCGUACAAGCAGUACAUGCGAGGCUGCGUGGGGAUCGUGAGCAAGAGCGGCACGCUGAGCUACGAGGCUGUCGGUGCGACGACCAAGAUCGGCCUGGGCCAGAGUCUGGUCAUGGGCAUGGGAGGCGACAUGCUCCCCGGGACGACGCUUGUCGACGGCUUGAAGACGUUCUUCGACCACGACGAGACCAAGGGUAUCAUUGUCAUUGGCGAAAUUGGAGGCGAGGCGGAGCUCAAGGCGGCGGCUCUGAUCAAGGAGUACCGUCGCUCGACCGCGCACCCGAAGCCCAUCAUCGCCAUGGUCGCUGGGCGCACGGCGCCUCCUGGGAAGACAAUGGGCCACGCUGGUGCGAUCCUGCAGGCCACGGAGGUAUCGGCCGAGGACAAAGCACGAGCUUUGGCUGAUGCAGGUGUCGUGGUUGUGCCGCAUCCAGGAGUCAUGGGCGUCAAGAUGGAGCAGCUCUUAAGGGACCAAUGA